AUGACGUUUGUGGUGGUGCAGCGGCCGGCGGCGCCGGUGGUCAGCAUCAACACGUACUGCUCCGUCGGGGCCUGGGUGGAGGAAGACGGGCAGACAGGCAUGGCGCAUCUUUUGGAGCACCUCGCGUUCAAGGGCACCCCAAGAAUCGGAUCCAAAGACUGGGGGGCAGAGAGCGGCCUGCUGCGGUCACUCGAUGAGGUGUUCUACAACCUGCGGGAUGCGCGGGCGGCGGGCCGUGAAGCGGAGGCUGCCCGACUGGCUGAGCAGCUCAAUGUGUUGCAGGAAGCUGCGCAACAGCUGGUAGUGCCCAACGCAUUUGCUCAGGCGCUGACGUCAGCGGGCGCGGUCAACCUCAACGCCGCAACCAGCCACGACAACACCAAGUACUACGCCAGUCUGCCAUCAAACCAGCUGGAGCUGUGGUUUGCCCUGGAGGCGGAGCGCUUCCAGGCCCCGGUGUUCAGGGAGCUCUACAAGGAGAAGCAGGUGGUGGCGGAGGAGCGCGCCUCCAGGAUAGACAACAGCCCCAUUGGAUCGCUGUUCUACGAGUUUGCCCAGAAGUACAGCCGCCCAGUCCUGGGGUUCAAGGAGGAUGUGGAGGCAAUGGGGAGGCUGGAGGUGGCGGACUUCUUUGCCAAAUACUACCAUCCAGCGAACCUCACUGUCGCCAUCGCCGGCGCGGCCGAGCCCGAGCGCGUACGGGCGCUGGCGGAGCGCUACUUCGGGGCCUGGGAGGCGCCGCAGGGCGCGGCCGCCGUCGCGCCGUCACCCUCCGACCUUGCACGCGAGCCGAGCGCCCGCCCGGCCGCCGCCGCCGCUGCAGCGGGUUCCGCCAUUCUAGUCAGUGGCAGCGCCUCGGCGGCGGCGGCGGUGGGGGCGCCGGCUCUGGACUACGCGACGUCGUCGCGCGCGGGGCCGCUGGCGCUGACCGGUUACUACCGCCCCUCCCUGCUCGUCCCUGGGCGCUCCGGGGCCGCGCUAGAGGUGGCGUGCGAUGUUCUGUCUGGCGGCAGGACGGCGCGCCUGACGCGGCUGGCGCAGGCGGGCCGGCUGCUCGCGGCGUCGGCGACGCCCGACUACCCGUCCCAGCUGCACUCAGGGCUGGGCGACAGCCCCCAGCGCGCGUCCGCCCUGGUGCAGGCGGAGCUCGACGCCCUGAGCGACCGCGGCCCCACCCCCGCUGAGCUGGCGCGCGUGAAGAAGGCGGCGCGGGCGGAGCUGCUGGGCUCCCUGCAGUCCAACGCCGGACUGGCCUCCAGCCUCGCGACCUACGAGGACCGUGAUGAGCACGCUUUCUGA